AUGGCAGCCGCAUCAAGGAAAGACCUCCUCAAGAAGGUGUACAAUAUAGUGCCGCCGAUGCUAGAAAGCUUCCACAAAGGUCAACUGGGUCGUGUAGCUGUAAUUGGCGGCAGCGAAGACUAUACCGGUGCACCUUACUUCUCCGCCAUGGCCUCCGCCAAGCUGGGUUGCGAUAUGUCACAUGUAAUAUGCGAGCCUGGCGCUGGCGCCGUGAUUAAGACCUACUCUCCUAAUCUCAUGGUACACCCCUACAUGCGCCAGUCCAAGAACCUCACCCAAUCCGAAAGCGCCGACACCGUCUCCUCAGAAGUCAUUGGCAUGUUAUCACGGCUCCAUGUCAUCGUCAUCGGCCCAGGUCUCGGUCGCGAUAAGCUCAUGCAAGAUACAUGUGCAAAGGUGAUUGAGGAAGCCCGGAAACAGGGUAUACCUUUCGUACUAGAUGCGGAUGGUCUGUAUCUUGCGCAGACCAGGCCAGAGUUGGUAGACGGUUACAAGGAAUGCAUUCUCACCCCCAACGUUGUGGAGUUCGGAAGACUAGCCAAGACAAAAGGCAUAAACGUCGACGAAGGCGACCCCUCAGAGCUGUGCUCCAAGCUCUCAAAGGCAUUCGGCGGCGUCACCAUUAUCCAGAAAGGAGCAAAAGACUACAUCUCCAACGGCACAAUCACACUCGUCUCGGAUGGCGAGGGUGGCUUGAAGCGCUCAGGUGGACAGGGUGACACCUUAACAGGUAGCUUGGCGACGCUGUUGGCGUACAGGACCGCGUACCAUGAUAAGAUUUGGGACCAUGGCACAGACAUGGACAGGAGUGAGACGCUGGCUCUUGCAGCGUUUGGCGGUAGUUGCAUCACGAGGGAAUGCUCCAAGUUGGCGUACAAGGAGAAGGGUAGGAGUCUGCAGGCCAGUGACUUGACGGAACAUGUGCACACGGCGUUUUUGAAUGUCAUUGGGGAGAAGGACGAGACUCCAAAGUUGUAG